GCCGGGCAGCAGCACUGUAUUCAUCACUGGCUGCAGAUAGAGCAGCCCACACUCUCCUGGACUAACUCAUUCAUCAGCUUGGAUUAUUCUUCACUGACCCACAUUUUAGCUCCGCAAUGACAGUCCGAGCCGAAGCUUCCGGACCCACAUUAACGUAUUCAAAGAUGAGGGGAGUUGUUGCAAUACUCAUCGCUUUCAUGAAACAGAGACGAAUGGGGCUAAAUGACUUCAUUCAGAAAAUAGCCACCAACUCCUACCCGUGCAAACACCCUGAAGUUCAGUCUAUUUUGAAGAUCUCCCAGCCUGAAGAGCCUGAACUUAUGAAUGCUAAUCCUUCCCCUCCACCCAGCCCAUCACAGCAGAUCAAUCUUGGUCCAUCAUCCAACCCACAUGCCACACCAUCAGACUUUCAUUUCUUAAAGGUUAUCGGAAAAGGAAGUUUUGGAAAGGUUCUCCUUGCAAGGCAUAAGGCAGAAGAAGAAUUCUAUGCUGUUAAAGUACUGCAGAAGAAAGCAAUCCUGAAAAAGAAGGAGGAGAAACACAUAAUGUCAGAGCGCAAUGUCCUGCUGAAAAAUGUGAAACACCCUUUCCUGGUUGGGCUCCACUUUUCUUUCCAGACUGCAGACAAAUUGUACUUUGUCCUUGACUACAUCAAUGGUGGAGAGUUAUUCUACCAUCUCCAGAGGGAACGUUGCUUCCUGGAGCCAAGAGCACGGUUUUAUGCUGCUGAAAUAGCCAGUGCACUGGGUUACUUGCACUCUCUGAACAUAGUUUAUCGGGACUUGAAGCCAGAGAAUAUCUUGCUAGAUUCUCAGGGGCAUAUUAUCUUGACUGACUUUGGACUCUGCAAAGAGAACAUAGAACACAAUGGCACUACCUCCACAUUUUGUGGCACACCUGAGUACCUUGCUCCUGAAGUUCUUCAUAAGCAGCCCUACGACAGGACUGUUGACUGGUGGUGCCUUGGAGCAGUUUUGUAUGAAAUGCUUUAUGGACUGCCCCCCUUCUACAGCAGGAACACAGCAGAAAUGUAUGACAAUAUUUUGAACAAACCCCUGCAAUUGAAACCAAAUAUUACCAAUUCUGCUAGACACCUUCUGGAAGGCCUGUUACAAAAGGAUAGGACAAAGAGAGUUGGUGCUAAGGAGGACUUUAUGGAGAUUAAGAAUCACAUCUUCUUCUCCCCAAUUAACUGGGAUGAUCUCAUUAAUAAGAAGAUUACACCUCCUUUUAACCCAAAUGUGAGUGGUCCGAGUGAUCUGCGACACUUUGACCCCGAGUUUACAGAUGAGCCAGUCCCCAACUCCAUUGGCCAAUCUUCAGACAGUAUCCUCAUUACUGCUAGCGUCCAGGAAGCUGCUGAAGCGUUUCUGGGCUUUUCGUAUGCCCCACCCAUGGAUUCUUUCCUGUGAACAUUUGUUUUCCUUUCUUCUUGGUUUUUAAUUAUCAUAUUGGCCUUCUGGCUGAGCUGCCAGUUGACCAGUCAUCUUGAAACAGAAUUUGCACAUCUCCACCAUGGCAGCUUUGUAGCCUUAAUUUCAACUACACUGUUUGCUGGAUGCUUUUUUUUUUUUUUUUUUUUGAUCAGCACAUAACUCCUCUAAACAAGCUUACAAGCAUUUUGAUUUGUUCUUCCCCCAAAGUGGUGCUAUCUCCUUGGGAAAGAACAUUAGAAGUGACUGUUGCCAUAGCCUGCUAUGGUAGAUUGUAGGAAUAAUAACCUGCUGUUUGGAAAUAAUGUUCUGAAAAGCCUUGCCUGAAGACCUGGAUGUGACGAGGAUUUUAUGAAACGUGCCUUUUUUUCUGAUGAGAUCGAGUUAAGCUCCAAACUUUUCCUGUUGCAAAGAGUGUUUCUCAGUUCAGUUAUGUGGGUUUACUAUGUGAACAAAUGGUAUGAGUGUGAUAUGCAUACUACAGAGGGACUUAGUUUAAAGCAUCAAUGUAACACUUGCAGGACACUACAAUGUGGGGCAUUGUUUGUUUCUUCCAUAUUUGGAAGAUAAAUUAAGUGUAGAGUUUGAUUUUGUUUUGUAAA